CCAAGCUAUCAUUCUAUAAAACACCAACCUAGCUCUAGAGAAGGAAUCAUGGCUGCUAAAAUUUCCAACGGAGGAAACCAUGCUGCCACAAACUCAUCCUCAAUGUUCGUCAGAAUCCGCCUAGGCAACAUUUCAGACGUUCCUCAUAUACACAAGUUAAUCUACCAAAUGGCUGUUUUUGAACGUUUCCCCCACUUAUUUGAAGCAACCGAGGAAUCACUAGCAGCCACCCUGUUCAAUUCUCCACCCUUUCAGUCCGUUACUUGUUUCAUGCUGGAAGUUUCUCAGCACCCGUUUCCACAAGACAAACAUUCUUUGAACCCGAACUACAAACCUAUCACUAAGACACUAGAUCUCGAGGAACCGAUCAAGGAUCCAGAAUCGAAAGUUUUUAAGACAGGUGAUUUGAAUGAUUUUGAUGGUCAUGAUAUUGUUGUGGCUGGUUGGGUCAUAUUUUUCCCAAACUACCCAACAUUUUUAGCGAAACAAGGUUUUUAUGUAGAGGAUUUAUUUGUGAGAGAAUUUUAUAGAGGGAAGGGAUUUGGAAAGAUGUUGUUGUCUGCGGUUGCAACUCAGGCAGUGAAGAUGGGAUUUUGUCGUGUCGAUUGGAUUUGUUUGAAAUGGAAUGAGAAGGCUAUCAAAUUUUAUGAAGACGUUAUUGGUGCUGAGGUUAUGAAGGAAUGGGGUGUUUGUAGGUUGGCUGGUAAAUCCCUUGAGGCUUAUGGAGAAAACUAAUAUUGCCAUAUACAUUGGGUUUUGAAUAAACUUACUUCACCGUGAUUAUUGCUUGUUCCUUUUUUUUUUUUUUUUUUUUUUUUUUUUUUUUUUUCUGUUGAAAUGUACUUUGCCUGCUGCUACACGCAUUUCUUGCAUGCUAUUUUACUGGUUUGAUUUGACUCUGAUCGUCCGGGGAAACUAUCUCAGGGACUAAUAAAACUAAAGUGUCAAAUUCUGAUAAAUUUUCACAUUUUUCCUUA